AUGACACGUACAGUAAAGGAAAGCGAGGCAAUUGAUGAAACACAAGAAAGAAUACUCUACAUCAAUCACCUUUCUUCGGGGAUAAGGAGGUUGGAAAUGAAGCGCACCAGGGAAGAGAUACCACUCCUCUGUGACGAGAUCCGAGCUUUCACUACCACUCUUAAAGACGUCAACAGAAUAAUGGCAAAGAAUGAAGUCUUAGUCAAAGCUAUACUUACCGAAACUCGUCGAUCGAGAGUUCCUAAGGGGAAAAGAAAGGACGUCGAAACAUUUGAGUCGCUUUAUGGGAUACUACCUGAGAAUGUCAGACGGUUUAUGGCAUGUGAGGAAACGGUGAAAGUCGUGAACAAACACGCGGGCAUCAUAGCUUCUAAGUCCCGGGUGCCUACGGCUGAGUUCCAUGAGACCUUCAAGGCUUUUACGGAAGAGUUGAUCUCAUUGGACUAUCCAUCUGACUAUUCGACGGACACUGCAAAUCCCCUUUUCGAGUUGUAUUGGAGGUUCUUGGACGCUGCAGAUUCUGUCCCCCGUAUUGGAACUGUGUUGCCCUGGGAAGAUUAA